UUUGCAAGUCCGGACUUGUGCUCGGGCGAGAAGCGCUAAGGUUCCGCUGGGAAGCAUGGUAGGGGGCGAGGAGGCCGGCGGGCCCCCGGCUGCCCCAGCCUCAGCCUCGUCGUCCUCUCCGCCCAUUGUCCGUAAGAAGUACUUCUGCUCGUUUCCUGACUGCAGCGCCACCUACAACAAGGCCUGGAAGCUGGACGCGCACCUGUGCAAGCACACGGGGGAGAGACCAUUUGUUUGUCAUUAUGAAGGCUGUGGCAAAGCAUUUAUCAGAGACUACCAUCUGAGUCGCCAUGUGCUGAUACAUACUGGAGAGAAGCCAUUCAUUUGUACAGCUAGUGGCUGUGAUCAGAAAUUCAACACAAAAUCGAACUUGAAGAAACAUGUUGAUCGCAAACAUGAAAAUCAACAAAAACAAUAUGUAUGUGACUUUGAAGGUUGUAGCAAGUCUUUUAAGAAACAUCAGCAGCUGAAAGUCCAUCAGUGCCAACAUACUAAUGAACCACUAUUCAAAUGUAACAAUGAAGGCUGUGGAAAACACUUUUCUUCCCCUGGCCAUCUAAAACGACAUGAGAAGAUACAUGAAGGUUAUAUGUGCCAAAAGGGUUGUUCCUUCGUGGCAAAGACAUGGACAGAGCUAUUGAAACACAUGAAGGAAACUCAUAAAGAGGAGAUAACAUGUGAUCUAUGUGGAAAAACCUUUAAACGCAAAGACUACCUUAAACAGCACAAGAAAAUUCAUGCUCCAGAACGGGAUGUGUGCCGCUGCCCAAGAGAAGGCUGUGGCAGAUCAUAUACAACUGUGUUCAAUCUUCAAAGCCAUAUUCUUUCCUUUCAUGAAGAGCAGCGCCCAUUUACUUGUGAACAUGCUGGCUGUGGAAAAUCAUUUGCCAUGAAACAAAGUCUUACAAGACAUGCCGUUAUACACGAUCCUGAUAAGAGAAAAUUAAAGAUCAAAGUGAAACGAUCCUCUACAAAACGGAGCCUGGCCUCUCGCCUCAGUGGAUACAUUCCUCCCAAAAUUAAAGAAACAUUGCUUAAAAAUGGCAAGUCAUCUGGCUGUUUUGAAGAAAACAUGCUCUCAACUGUUGCAACACUUACCCUUGGCUAAAUAUCACAUAUGUAGGAUUAUGUAAAUAGCUUUUUUUUAAUUAAAAAAUAGCACUUUCCCA